AUGAGCUCUUCUAAUCAACAUGCUGCGGACCCCGUGGAGAACCAAAUGCUGGAUUUCCAUUCAAAUAUGAUUAACGAUAUCCUCUCUCAAGGACAAUCAUUCAAUGAGCAUUUUGAUCUGGAAUAUAAUCUACUCACUUCCUCUAAUAAUCCAUCGGUAAUGCCACCCACAGAGCAACAGGAACAAGGGCAAGGGCAAGAGCAUGAUGAAGAGCAAGAGCAAGGGAACAACACACCACCUUCAUCAUCUUCAAAUUCUGCUUCUGUUAAACGUAUGCCCAAAUCAAGAAGGAAAAGAGCCAAGGGGGAGGAGUUGAAUAUACUGAAGUCACACUUUGAAUUGAAUCCAAACCCAUCAAAUGAGGAAAGAAAAAAAAUUUCAAAUUUAGUUGGGAUGCCUGAGAAGAGUGUGAGGAUUUGGUUUCAAAAUAGAAGAGCGAAAGUGAAAAAGCAUAAUAACCUCAAGAACCGAAAUAAUGCUAAUAUGGAUUCCAAUGAUGAAGAUUUUAAUGACGAGACGUCCCCUAAUACUGAUUCAAACAACGCCAAGUUCUUUGAUAGAAUACCCGUUAGAAUCAACAAGAACUAUAAUUUUAUUGAUGUGUGUUCCAUUACUGUUGGAAGUUGGAAUAGGAAAAAAUACGGCUCUUUACUGCCGGAGGAUUUACCUAUUGUGGAGAAAUUAUCGAAUUUGUCGCCAGUGUCUAUGAAUAAUAUUAUGAGUAAUUCCACUGAUUUGAUUGUAUUGACAUCAAAGAAAAAUGAUGAAAUUAACUAUUUCUUUAGUGCAAUGGCAAAUGAUACCAAAAUUUUAUUUAGAAUAUUCUUCCCCAUAAGCUCCGUUAAGAAUUGUUCAUUAAGUCUGGAAACUGAUGAUGAUAUAAUUACCAACAAUAAUGUUACUAACUCUUCAGAUACAUCUGAAAGGUUAGGAGAAUUAAAAUUGAUAUUAACAAAACCACCCACUUUUGCAGUUUACUUUAUUAAAAGUGAUGAAAAUGAAACUGUCCCUUCAAUCAAUCAAUGGUCCAUUUGUGAAGAUUUUUCAGAAGGUAAGCAGGUCACAGAUGCAUUUAUUGGGGGAUCCAAUCUACCUCAUGUACUAAGUGGGCUACAAGACUCGCUGAAGUUCCUAAAUUCUCAUAUUUUAGAAUACAAAUCCACAAAUGAAAUCUUACCACCUAGCACAAUAACGGUACCAUCACAUCAAUUACAAUCACAUGAUUUAAUGACACCAAUGCAGUAUUCCUCUUCCUCGACAGGUACUAAUGAUUCGUUAUUGCCAAAUAUUAUUUCUCCACCAAAUACAAACACACUAUUCUCAUUAUUAAUGCCGGAUCAAAAUAGUGAUUCAAACUUAUUAAAUAAUCAUGAAACUGAUAAUCUACUCCCGAACUCAAAUUCGCAGCAACAUCAGAAUGAGUCAGAACCUAGUAAUUUCUUCUUCGAAAAUUAUGAUCAAGAAACCGGGAAAUGGCUAUGA